AUGGUGAUUCUUGAUUCAGAUGAGUACAGUUUAUCAAAUAUGGAUGAGUACAGUUUAUCAAGUACGGAUGCGUACAGUUUAUCAAGUACGGAUGAGUACAGUUUAUCAAGUACGGAUGAGUACAGUUUAUCAAGUACGGAUGAGUAUAGUUUAUCAAGUAUGAAUGAGUACAGUUUAUCAAGUACGGAUGCGUACAGUUAUCAAGUACGGAUGCGUACAGUUAUCAAGUACGGAUGUGUACAGUUUAUCAAGUACGGAUGUGUAAAGUUAUUAAGUACGGAUGAGUACAGUUUAUCAAGUACGGAUGAGUACAGUUUAUCAAGUACGGAUGUGUACAGUUAUUAA